CAGAAGAAUGAAUGAAUGAAAAAAUAAAAGUCUUGGGUGGAAAGAUUGUAACACACAGAGGGAGUUUGUUAUGAGGCUGUCUCCUAAUAAUAUCAGAAGCUAUGCUCAUUUAUGAGACUUUAGUCUCACCAACAUGAACACCGAAACAUGAGAUGAACAAAGACACCACCAAUGGGCAUGCCAAAGUGGAUCAGAAAAAGCCCAUGAAACCUCUAACUCAAAGAACUACAGAUAACCAAGGAAAUCUGGGCAUGGAAAAGGUGGUCUUCCCCUGUGAAGAGCACACCAAUUGGUUUUCCAGUGCCAAAUGGUCAGCCCUGGAAACACACACACAAGUAACAGUGCAUAUUUGGGAAUAUAUAUGUUAUAUGCAUGCAAUAGCAAUUAAUGAAACAAGAGGCCAUGAAUCUGAGCAGAGCAGAAAGGGGUGUAUUGAAGAAGGUUUGGAGGAAGGAAAGGAAAGGAAUGUUGGAAUUGUAUUAUAAUCUCAAAAAUAAAAAUUUAAAAAAUAUAAUAAAUAAGAUACAGGUCUCUCCAAACAUAAAAUUUCUAUACCAACAAAAACUCAAGGAACUAAUACAGCAAACUUUUUAAAUACAAGCUUAAUACAUGAAGUCCAUCAUUUUCCAGUAUAACAGCAAUGAACAAUCGAAUGUUAACAAUUUCACAGUGCAUAUACAGAACCACAGAGCACAGGAGACACAAAGAAAAACAUAUAAUAAAUUUAACAAAGAGUUAAGCCAGGCAUGGUGGCAUAGGUCUUUAACACCAGCACUCGGGGGGCAGAAGCAGGAAGAUCUGGUAAUUCAGUGCCAACCUGGUCUACAGAGUGAGUUCCAGAACAGUCAGGACUACAUAGAGAGAUCUAGUCUAAGAUAGAUAGAUAGAUGAUAGAUAGAUAGAUAGAUAGAUAGAUAGAUAGAUAGAUAGAUAGAUAGAUAGAUAGAUAGAUGAUAGAUAGAUAAUUCAAGUAAGUCCAUAAAUCAUGCAAUGGUCUUGGUAAAUAGAAGACAACAUCAAGAUGUUGCUUUCUGGAAGCUGCAGUCAGCUCAGGGGUUAAGAUCACUUGUUUCUCUUCCAUAGGACCUGAGUUCAAUUCCCAGUACCCACAUGAGGGCUCACAAUCAUCUGUAAUACCAGUCAAGGGUGCCCUAAUGCCCUCUUCUAGCCUCCAACAGUACUGUAUGUAUGUGGUUCACAAACAUACAUGCAGGCAAAACAAAACACACAAAAGAUUAAAAAGAAAUAUCGAUUCCCUCAAUUAAACUAUAAAUUUAACGCAAUCCCAACAAGAAUCCUAGUAUCUGUGUAACAGCAGAACAUUUUGUGCGAAUGCUAUUCUAAAGGUUAUAUGUAAAGAGAAAAAUUGUUCAACACAAUUUUGAAGAAACAGUACAUAAACAAUACUAUCUUUACAAAAAAUUUAAUAAUCAUGAUAGUGUACGAAUAUUUGAAAAUAAAUCUAUCUACAAAAUAAUACAAAAAAAAAAAAAACCGAGAUCCCCAGAAGUUGUAGCUGAGCACUCGCCAGCAAGCACCUCAUCUCAGAGAUCUGGAGCAUCAGUGCUGGCCGAGCCGUCACCAUGCCUCUGGCUAGAGACCUUUUACACCCUUCCUUGGAAGACGAAAAGAAAAAACAUAAGAAGAAACGGCUGGUUCAGAGCCCAAAUUCUUACUUCCUGGAUGUGAAAUAUCCAGACUGCUACAAGAUCACUACAGUUUUCAGCCACGCUCAGACAGUGGUUCUUUGUGUAGGUUGUUUAACAGCGCUGUGCCAGCCCACAGGAGGAAAAGCCAGGCUCACAGAAGGCUGUUCAUUUAGAAGAAAGCAACACUAAACAUCUAUACAAGUUCCCGAGUUU